CAAGAAAUUGUCAUAACCCUCGAUGAAGAAGCCAAAAACGCUUCAUAUACCCUCUCAACAUUCACACACAACUCUCUCACCUUUCCACAAACAUGCCAACCUCAUUCACUAGUUUCCUUAACCACCUCCUCAUUUCCUUCUUCCUCUUCUUCCUCACUUCAUCAAACUCUUCCGAUACAUUAACCGGAACACAAAUUCUUACUACUAACCAAACCCUCUUAUCACAGAACCAAACCUUCGUUCUCGGCUUCUUCGGAGGUUCCAACACCAACUAUUACCUCGGAAUAUGGUACAACAACAUCAAUCCUCAAACAAUAGUUUGGGUUGCAAACAGAGACAACCCCAUUGACAACUCCACAGGCUAUCUCAAGAUCGGAGACAACGGAAACUUUGUCCUUCUCAAUUCAUCCGGUAACCCGGCAUGGUCCUCCAACCAAACCAACGCCAAGAAUCCAGUUAUCCAGCUCCUGGAAACCGGUAACCUUGUUCUCAAAGAUUCAGAACAGAGCAAUAACUACCUAUGGCAGAGCUUCGAUUACCCAACAGAUACCUUGCUACCGGGGAUGCAGAUGGGUUGGAACUUCGACACGGGAAUUGAGAAGCACUUAACAUCGUGGAAGGUCACAGGUGAAGACCCUUCUUCCGGUGACUACACUUUCAAGCUAGAUUACCGUGGUUUACCUGAGAUUUUUCUGAGGAGAAACCAGACUAUCAUAUACCGAAGUGGUUCCUGGAAUGGUGAGAGAUUCAACGGAGUUCCAGAGAUGGACACCGAUACUGAUUCCAUUGUGUUCAGCUUCUCCGAUGACGCGCACGGCGUGUUCUACUAUUUCUCCAUCGGGAACGCUUCUUUGUUAUCGAGGCUAACGGUGACGUCAGAUUCAGACGGUGAACUUCAACGGCGGACGUGGAUAGCGAGCAGCGAAACUUGGAACAAGUUCUGGUACGCACCGGCGGAUCAAUGCGACCAUUACAGGGAGUGUGGUCCGUACGGAGUGUGUGACAAUAAUGCAUCGCCGGUUUGCACAUGUAUGAAAGGGUUCAGCCCUAAGAACCCUCAGGCUUGGAAUCUGAGAGAUGGAUCUGGCGGGUGUGUGAGGAACACCGAUCUGGAUUGCCCCACUGACAAGUUCUUGCAUCUUGAGAGCAUGAAGCUGCCGGAGACGACGACGGUGUUUGUUAACAAAAGUAUGACGUUAACGGAAUGUGAGAGCCUGUGCCAUCGGAAUUGUUCAUGCACUGCAUAUGCAAACAUUGAUAUCACAAAUGGCGGAAGUGGUUGUGUUAUGUGGCUUGGUCAACUCUUUGACUUGAGGAACUACCCUUCCGGCGGUGGCCAAGAUCUCUAUGUUCGAUUAUCUGCUGCUGAUAUAGGAUCUGCCGGCUCCAAACAUCGUAAAGCUGAGGCUAUAGGCAUCUCACUUAGUGUAGUUGCUAUAGUUUUGGGAUUGGUUGCUAUUUGUUACUUAAGGAAGAAGAAACAACACAGAGGUUCAAUCCACAGAAGUCAUGAUUUGCUAAUGAAUGAGGGGGUGCCUUCUAGAGGACACUCGGGUGACAGGAACAUGGAUGAUCUAGAGUUGCCCAUGUUUGAUUUUGAUACCUUAACAAUGGCUACCAACAACUUCUCUCAAGAUAAUAAACUUGGACAAGGAGGAUUUGGUAGUGUUUAUAGGGGAAGUUUGAUUGAAAGCCAAGAAAUUGCUGUGAAGAGGUUAUCAAAAGACUCUGGACAAGGAAUUGAGGAGUUUAAGAAUGAGGUCAAGUUAAUUGUCAAGCUCCAACAUCGAAACCUUGUUCGGCUGCUUGGUUGCUGCAUUGAGAAGGAUGAGAAGAUGUUGGUGUAUGAAUAUAUGGAAAACAGAAGCCUUGACUCCAUUUUGUUUGACAAAGUUAAAAGAUCCUUGCUAGAUUGGAAAAGUCGAUUCAAUAUUAUAUGUGGAAUAGCUAGAGGACUUCUUUAUUUGCACCAAGAUUCUAGAUUUCGGAUUAUUCAUAGGGAUCUCAAAGCAAGCAAUAUUCUACUUGACAGUGAAAUGAACCCAAAGAUAUCUGACUUUGGGAUGGCCAGAAUUUUUGGAAGUAAUCAAACAGAAGCAAAUACAAUAAGAGUUGUUGGAACAUAUGGUUAUAUGUCUCCUGAAUAUGCUAUGGACGGAAAUUUCUCAGUAAAAUCUGACGUUUUUAGUUUCGGAGUUCUAGUAUUGGAAAUCAUUACGGGCAAGAAAAAUAGAGGGUUUUACUAUGCCAAUGAUGAAUUGAAUCUUUUGGGCAACGUGUGGAGGCAAUGGAAUGAAGGAACUGCUUUAGAACUAGUUGAUCAAUCCAUUGGCAAUUCAUAUGCAGAAUCUGAAGUUCUAAGAUGCAUACAUGUUGGUCUCUUAUGUGUCCAAGAACGUGCAGAAGAUAGACCAACAAUGUCCUCGGUAGUUUUAAUGUUGAGUAGUGAAGCUGCAUUAAUGCCACGUCCUAAAAAUCCUGGCUUUUCUCUAAGAAAGAAUCAUCCAGAGACUGAUUCAUCUUCAAGUAAUCAAGAUAAAACAUGGAGUGUGAAUCAAGUCACAGUCACAAUGCUAAAUGCUAGGUAGCGAAAGAAAUUUGAAAUCAUAUAAUAUACUUGUAUAUUCUCAAAAGAAUGAAAAUUUUUCUUAAUUCAUUUUUCUCAUUUUAUAGUUGCGGCUUCUUCUAGAUCUAUUUUGAUAUUAUUUUGGUGUAAUAUGUAAGAAAUGAAUUCACUGAUAGAAAAAAGGGAAUAUUCUCCUUGGUUCAAAUUA